AUGGCAGUACAGAGAACUGCUCCUCAGCUUGUGCCGCUGCUGUCUGUAGCUGUGGCUGGUCGCCAAGCAGCCACGCACCUUCUCACGAGAAGACGUGGAAGCUGCAACGGUUCAGGCUUGCAUGCGGUGGCCACGGUAUUUGCCGGCACUUCGUUGCGCUUGGCAUGGCGCUACGGCACGACAGCUGUGGGCAAGCAUCCCAGAAGUUACCCUGGGAGUGUGCGCCGUGCUGGCACGGUCGAGCGACACCUGACGCGGCUGCCAGGUACUCGGCACGCAGAGGAUCUAAGGAUGCCGCCGUUAUCACAGCCCGUGCUGGAGCUUCGUCAAAGCUUCCGCUGUGCACCACCGGGCCUUGUGCAAGCCCUGGCAGACGUACUGGGCCUUCCCCGACAAGCCGAAUUGCUGGCCCUGGCCCUCGGCGAAGACGCGGAGGCGGUGCUGACCACCAUGGCCCAGCAGCGGGCAGAGGCGAUCGCCUCUGGAGACCGUAGCAUCGCAGUGGGACCGGAUCGACUGCUGGACGCGACCUGGGCUUUAGCAGGAGAAGCUGAGCUUGCCACGAAGCUUUCCGAGAUUUUCUCUGCAUACCUGAUGGAGAUUCUGCAGAUUGCACGCGUGUCCGUCGCUUUCCAAGAGAUGAGCAUCCCUGUCGCAGACUGGCGGCAUGACUGGGCUGACGCGGUGGUCACGAAAAAGCACGUCGCAGAGCUGUGGGCCGGGUCCGGGCAACUGGGCGUCGGCGUCGGCUUCACGACGCUGGAUGCGGUGAGUCCGGAGCUGGCCAAGCGUGCCCGUGCCGAGCUUGAGACCAUGGCGGCCCAGGGCGAGCUUUCCGACUUCUCGCAGAGCACUUGCAACCCUGGCUCUCAGCACCUGUGGCUUCGCUUCUCGUCACAGGAGGAGCGGCAGGACCUGCAGCGCCGUGCGCCUGCUCUUUUGGAGCUUGGCGAAGCACUGUCCGGCUUGCCUGGUGCACUCCAGCGCGUAGCACAGGCUGCUGGUAUCCAUGCACCUGCCAUGCGGCUUUUCCCGUCGCUCAUGGCAGCAACCUAUGGCCCCGGCUCCCACUACGUCCCGCAUCAGGACAAAUACAGUGGAGGCAGUGCUGGGUUUGAGAACACACGCAUGCUCACCAUCCUUUGCUACCUGAACCCAGACUGGCAGCCUGGCGAUGGUGGUGAACUGAGGGUCCUGGCCACUCGAAAGGAGCCGUCGAAUCAGCCUGGACCUGGCAGCCGUGUACCGGAGCUUUUGCGCAUCUCUGCAGACCAUUCCGAGUCCACCGCAUCCACAGCUUGCGACAGCGAGACCUUCGUGGACAUUCCUCCGCUUUUGGGUCGGAUCGUCAUGUUUCAGUCGCGAGAGGUCUGGCAUGGCAUACAAGCAUCAAAAGCUGCCCGGCGCUGGGCGGUGACGCUUUGGGGCGACACCGACCAAAUCCUGAAAGCCGGGGAGAUCAAAGAUAUCGGCCUGCAGGCCACCGCCAAGAUCCAGUCGUCCCCGACUCCGCUACUUGCAUUGAUGCGCCUCUCACAGAAUUUCCCGGCUCACGUGGUUGGCUUGUCACGAAUCUCCGUGAAGAAGAGUCUUCGUGCCCAGGGGCGAGAGCUGAGAGAGAUGAUGCGGGACGGUGCAGAGGUUUUCAGCAUGAACGGGCGCCUCGUUCGACCUGACCACUCGGACCUCUCUCUGUUCCCGCUGAUGGAAACUCUACAUCCUUUCUUCGUGGGCGUGGAGAGGCUUGUUCGCCUUGGUGUCCCCGAGAAAGUGGCAUGCGAAAUCCUGAAGGAAGUGAAAGGCAGUGGCAAAGCAGCUGGCCGUGUGGACUGGCGCUCGAAGGCUCUUCCUCCCUCACUGUACUCCGUGAUGAAGGAUCGCGAGACGCAGCGCUGGAGCAGCUCCCUGCGGAGCCUCUUCUUCGGCUUUGGGGGUCUGUCGCCCAUAAGGCUGCCUCUUUACAACAUCGUCUUCGUCUUUAACCCCGGGGAGGUGGCCGAGCUGGUUUUCGCAGCCUCCUUGCUCCAGCAGAUGCCGCUUCCUGCCGAGCUCCACUUCGUGAUGCUCGCUUCAGCAGGUGCAUCGGGAGCGAGUUGGGAUGAGCAGGUGCUCGGCACUCGGCCGGCUUGGCUCCAAGAGACGGAGACCAGGCCCAGCGGCGGUAGCGAGGCCGCCGUCGCCUUGGCCGUGGCCUACGCGCACUCCUUGCAGAAGGGCCGAAAGAGGGCGCAGAGUUUCAUCUCGUCUGCGGCAGAGUGGGCGCAGAAGAACCUCGCGUCCGAGAGCUUGACGAAGUGGCCAGAUACCAAGGAGGGUCUGGAGAAGAUCAAAGAGCUCUGGCUCUCCAGCGCGAAGAAGGACGACCGCGCAACGCUGGAGCCUCUCUGGGGUGAGGUGCAAAGGAAUGCUUCCCGACCCGGGGCCUACUUGGCGAAUUGCAGCGACUAUGUGGCCUCCACAGGUGUGCCUGUGCCGUCCCUCCUGGUCAAUGGCAAGGCCUAG